GAUGCUCCCACUCUCUCUGCUUCUGCUGUGUCUCCUCCCUCGUCAUUUUCGUCCUAAAAUCCCCAAUCCUCGAUUCGAUUAAACCCUAACUAAGCGCCAUGGCGGGUGCGGGGUAGCCACUACUGCAGCCCGGCGGUGCGCCCGCGCCACAUCUGAGCGGCUCCCCCGGAACCCGCCCUUGUGCCGGCGUCGACCGUCGCGUCGCGUCGGGGCCCCCGCAUCACUGGGAGAGUGGGGAGUUGAGAGCCGCAGACCACGCGGGGGGCGCCGGGUCACCGGGAGGGCGGAGGACGGGAACCGCAAGACGCUGGCAAGCGAGGCGCGUCAACUCAGGAUGUCUCAGUCUCCGGGAGGAGGACGGGAUGCCAUAUAUUACAGCAGGCAGAGGAAACUUUCUGAGCACAGUGGCAGUGUGUAUACACCCGUAGCUGCAAUGUAUUCCGGUGGUCAUGCACUUCCUGAUGCAAAUAGGAGCCCCAGUUUGGUAUUUGGUAGUAUGAAGAAGGAUUGGGACAACAUUCGUCACCGCAAGCUUCAAUUGGUCAACUUCCUUGCUGGUCUGGAAGCUGCCUCUGGACAUUCUGCGCUAUCUGGCAAAAUCCUGGACCCAACUGAACUAAAGGAAAAGGGUGACAUAAUAGUUCUUGAUUCAGAUGAUGAGGAUGGAAACGGUUCAGAAUACAAUAAGUUGGCAUCUGGGGUGAACAAAGAUCUCCGAACAUCUGAAGUGGCUGGUAAUAUCACAGAAAAAAUGGUGUCUAGUAAGAGACAAGCAUUUGAAACUAUGCAUGCCUAUGGAGACAAGAACACGCAGAUUGUUCCAUAUGGUCAAGGUUCUGCUGCUCCGAUUGUUCCAUAUGGUCAAGGUUCUGUUUCGCAGAUUGUUCCAUAUGGUCAAGGUUCUGCUUUAGUGAGUCAGUUUCCUUUGCAAACCAGUUGGCAACCAUCUAUUCAGUUUGAGAGAGUUGUGUUGCAGAAAAGGCCUGAGGAGCAGCGAAUGCAAGAUCUUGUGGCUGCUAGCAUAGCAGAGAAGAGAGCAGAAACACAAAUGUUCCUUUCACUUCCUACGGAGAAAAAGCGAAAGAGAUCAGAUCUCAGUUUGCUGAUGCUCGACUCAUUUGUCCCUAAACAAAGAAGAAAAAGUGACACAGGUCUAGCAGCAGCUGAUUUGUCAUUGGAUUUACAACAACCUGCUAAAUCACCAGAACCUGAACCUGAACCUGACAUGGCUAUAGAGGAAGAGGAGAAAUGUAAAAAUGAAAGUGAUGGUCUUGAGGAUUAUUGGAAAGAUUUUGCAUUGGCUGUUGAAAGCACAAAGCUUGACGAAGUUGAUGAGGCGGCAAAUGAAAAGGAAGAUAAUGGAAAUAUGGAGGACAUCGACUGCAAUCAUGACAUUCGGAUUCAUGAAGAUUUGGGCCAUGUGUGCCGUGUGUGUGGUAUGAUUGUGAGAAGAGCUGAUUCAAUAAUUGAUUAUCAGUGGAAAAAGGCUUCAAGGAGAAAAACAAAUUCCUAUGGAGGACAUUCAAAGGAUGCUGAUGAGAUAGACUGUGGCACUGUUAAACUGUCUGAAGAUUUCAUAAUCGCAGAUGUUGCUAUUCAUCCUAGACAUGCUCAGACAAUGAAACCGCAUCAGUUGGAAGGUUUCAACUUUUUGGUUAAGAAUUUGAUUGGAGACAAGCCUGGAGGUUGCAUUCUUGCUCAUGCCCCAGGUUCAGGGAAAACAUUUAUGCUUAUAAGCUUCAUUCAGAGCUUCAUGGCAAGGUAUCCAUCUGCAAGGCCCCUUGUUGUGCUGCCCAAAGGGAUACUAGGUACAUGGAAGAAAGAAAUUCAAAGAUGGCAAGUGCAGGAUAUACCAUUGUAUGAUUUCUACUCUGUUAAGGCUGAAAAAAGAGUAGAACAGUUGCAAAUCCUCAAAUCUUGGGAGGACAAGAUGAGUAUACUGUUUCUUGGAUACAAGCAGUUCGCCACAAUCGUCACUGAUGAUGGGGGCAGCAACGUCACAGCUGCAUGUCGGGACAGGCUGCUUAAGGUUCCCAACCUUCUGAUACUUGACGAGGGUCAUACACCUAGGAAUCGGGAGACUGAUGUACUAGAAUCGCUAAAUAGAGUGGAAACACCACGCAAAGUGGUUCUUUCAGGUACUCUUUUCCAGAACCACGUUGAGGAAGUCUUCAAUAUCUUGAAUCUUGUUCGCCCAAAGUUUCUCAGAAUGGAAUCAUCCCGCCCUAUUGCCAGACGUAUAAUGAGUCAAGUCGAAAUAUCUGGUAGAGGUUCAAAAGGGUUUGCUGAUAGCGCAUUCACUGAGGCAGUUGAAGGGACCUUGUUGAAUGAUGAAAACUUCAAGAGAAAAGCACAUGUUAUUAGAGGCCUUAGAGAACUAACAAAGGAUGUGCUUCACUAUUACAAGGGUGAUAUCUUAGAUGAACUGCCUGGCUUAGUAGACUUCAGUGUGUUUUUGAAGCUCACACCCAAGCAGAAAGACAUUAUUCGCAACAAGUUAGAAUCACAUGACAGGUUCAAAAGAAGUGCAGUAGGGACUGCACUGUACAUUCAUCCUUGUCUUUCACAACUUUCAGAGGUUAAUGCUGAGAACAGGGCUAACACCUUGAGAGAUGAUUUAGUUGAUAGUCUGCUGGAUUCUAUCAAUGUGAAAGAUGGUGUGAAGGCCAAUUUUUUCAUGAAUAUCCUGUCACUUGCUAAUUCUGCAGGAGAGAAAGUACUUGCUUUCAGUCAGUAUAUCCUUCCCAUGAAAUUUUUUGAAAGGCUGCUGGUUAAGAUGAAGGGCUGGCAUGUGGGGAAAGAGAUUUUUAUGAUCUCUGGUGAUACUAGUCAAGAAGACAGAGAAGUUGCAGUGGACCAUUUUAACAACUCUGCUGAUGCAAAAGUUCUGUUUGGUUCUAUCAAAGCAUGUGGAGAGGGCAUCUCCCUCGUUGGUGCAUCGAGAGUUGUCAUUCUGGAUGUACACCUGAACCCAUCUGUUACCCGUCAAGCGAUUGGGCGUGCAUUCAGGCCUGGACAGCAGAAGAAAGUAUUUGUAUACAGGCUUGUAGCUGCCGAUUCUGAUGAGGAAAAGGUCCAUGAGACAGCAUUCAAGAAAGAAGUCAUACCGAAGCUGUGGUUCGAAUGGAGUGAGCACUGUACUACGGAAGACUUCAAGCUUGGUCAAGUUGAUAUUGAUGACUCUGGGGACGAACUAUUGGACACUAAAGCAAUCCGCCAGGAUAUCAAAGCGCUGUAUAGAAGGUAGGUAACAAGCUUUGUGGCCACUGGACACCCUGUAAAUAUUGCAGUGCUGAUCCUUGACCUGAGGGUGUUACAGUGGCUACAUUGCACGGUGACAGAUCCAAGUUUGCUCUAAACUAGGACUUUCCGUUAUUGUCAUUUGAAGCUAUAUCUGUGGAAUGGCUUCCUUUCUUUGUAGUAUGUGCCAACUUGGGUCAGAACUUUGGGUCAGCAGUCAGCUGAUCCUCGACUCAUUUCUUGACUCUUAGGCCAAGUUUCUGAGGAUUAACUGCUAUGGUUUUCAGCCUUGAGUAAAUAUUUCGUUCGCAAUAAUAACCACCACCCAGUAAGCCUAAUUUGUCUUUGUGCGUUUGUGUUGGUUGUUCUUGAGCGCUGGAAUGGAAUUUACCUGGUGCCGUUUUUAUGUGGUACUGUAGAUGCUAUGCAGGUGUCACUCUUGAUUUGUUUACAUGUAGAAUCGAGCUGGAGUCUGGAAAGCUGAGUUUGUUUUUCCUGCGUGACAUGUUUAUUCGCAUAUUGCCAGUUAGUACUAGUUC